GUCGUAGCUCCUUCUCCUGAACUUGGUCGUACUGAGAUUGUUUCCUAUGCGCGGAAAACUGGAAGUCCAAGUGUUGCGCGUCGUCCUGCAGUUACUCUUGCAAAAACCGAUGUUCCAAUAUCGUCCCUUGAGAUCCCUACUGGACAUCCUUUGCCAACCGAAUCGGCGAAUCCUGACUCUGGAAAUCUUAAUGGCCUCGGUGUCAAUUUGCAGACAACAACACUUCAGCCUUUGUCACAGCAAUCUGUGUCUAUACAUCCUGCACCUGUACGUCGCCGUCGCUUGGUUGUUUCUUCUGAUGAAGACGAACCUGUUGUCCCUUUGGAAUUGCAAGACUUGGACGUUGAACUUCCACUGCAAGAACAGGCUAUUGAGAACUCUUCGACUUGUCCUGUUCCUACCGUUGACUCUGCUUUGCCUUCUCCUCUUCUUGCUGGCCAAGAAGUUCCGCUACUUCCAGUGGGGAAAACUAAUCCUGGGAGGGCAAAGCGAAUUAGGACACCGUCUGCAAAGGCCAUUGAAGCAUCUGUGGAUGCCUCUAAGAGGAAGCCAAAAACUCCAAAGUCGUCUGCUAAGGAACCUGCUAAGAAGCAACUGUUUGCUGAUUGACCAUGCUUCGCAUCAUGCGAGUGCUAAUGUAACAUGUUUGUGCAGUGCUGUCCCUCCCUUUCUUUUGUGUCACUUUUAAAGGGAAACACUCUUUAGUGAGUAGUGCACUAUGUACUUUUGCCUUUUGUAUCUACAUUUGCAGCCCUUGCCAAACUUGUGGUGUUCCAUUACUGGCACCACUUUUACCAAUCUGGUCUGCUGUGACAUUUUACUUGUAUUAGUUACCUCUUUGUCCAGAUUACCCCUUGCGUACCU